AUCCAGGUUCAAGAAACGAAAAGUGUCACUUGAUCGACAUGCUCAUGGAAAAAUCUUCCAAAUUCUAACAAAUUCAUAUUUCACGGUAAUAAUGAUCUCGUCAAACACUCUCAGUGCACUUCUGUAGGCUACAUCAUUUAACAAGGUGUUUCUGUCUGGCGUCGCAAGAAGAAAAACGCGGAAACAAUGGUUAUUUUUGGUUUCGGCGGCCGGUGUGCAGUAAAUGAUGUUGGUACUGUGAGGAAUACAAGUGUUUAGGUUAAUUGUUCAUAGAAAACGUAACAAAUGGAGGAUGAAGAAAGAUUAUGCAUCUCCAGCUGUUGUUCGGACUGGAUGUCCGAGAUGCCCUCGGGUUUUUGGGACAUACCGCUGUGGAAUCUCGCUAUACCCGGAAGUCAUGACACCAUGACUUACUGUUUAGAUGAGCGGUCCUCAGUACUGAAGUCUUCGCCGAGGGUGCUGCAACUGUUAGACUCUUGGCUUCCUUGUAUCGUUCGGCCCUGUAUAAUCAAAUGGGCGACAACACAGGAAGAUAGUAUCUCUAACCAGCUGGAUUUAGGCAUUCGGUUUCUCGAUUUAAGAAUAGCUCAUAAGAUAAAAGAUCCUGAUAAAGUUUUCUACUUUGCACAUGGGAUCUACUCUCUUCUGACAGUGAAGGAAGCGCUCGCAGAAGUUGCUCACUGGUUAGAUCAGCACACCAAGGAAGUGGUCAUUAUUGCACUUUCUGCCUUUGAUGGCAUGAACCUGGAUCAACACAAAGACCUCAUUCAAUUCCUCAUAAGCACAUUUGACAAUAAAAUUUGUCCCAAUAAUAUCAUACCCUCACUGUGGCACUGCUGGAAUCACAAUUAUCAGGUUAUUCUGUCAUAUGAUGACUCAGCUGCGUCUGGAUAUGAGGAAUUGUGGCCACAGUGUGAAUAUUGGUGGGCAAAUACAUCAGAUCCAAAACAUGUCAUAUCCUACCUGGAGGAGAGAAAAACAGAAGGAAGACCAGGUCAGUUUUUUGCUGCUGGUCUGAACCUAACUGAGGAUGCCAAGUAUGUUCUUUCUCAUCCGUGCCAGUCAUUACAAAGCAUGACCUUGAGCUCCUAUAGUCUGCUUUUGAACUGGGUCAAGCAGCAGCGCCCAGGCCCGGGCAAAUCAUGUGUCAACAUAAUCUGUGCAGAUUUUGUGGGGGCUUUCAGCAGUGAAUUCACCCAGCUGGUUGUUGGACUCAAUCAAACACUCUUAAAAGAGACUUGUCUCACAAAUCUGCCAUAAACAGUACUUUUAUGACAGUCCCUAAACAGUGAGGAAACCAUGUCUUGUGCAAUACUGCCAUCUACAGGCAAUCCAUAUUUAGAUUUUUGUUUGAUACAUGUCUCAAAAUUGUUACUUGCAACUUUACAGUUACAUCACACUACUGAAAUGUCAAAAACGAAACUUCUUUGGAUAUUUGACAAAAGGGCAGAAAGGGCAGAUUGAUAUAAUCAAAGACUAAGUGGCUCAAUAGAUUAGUGCAUUACCUGUCCAAUGAGUCGCAGUUAAUUUUAGUAACGUCUAAUGUCCUGUCAUGACUUCAUAUAUUGUUGACACUCCGUUUGGCUUUCAGUCCAUGUGGGUUACAUGUAUCUGUGGGGUCUAAUUUUAGACGCCCCUGUGAGUGCUCUCUCUCUAAGGUGCUUAACAUUUAUAGUAUCUACUUAAAUGAUAAUCCAGUUCACUGAUGCCUUUCACACUUAGUUUGUGUGUUUGUGUAGGUUGUACGAGGUAAAUAAACAUGGGUUUUACUUUUA